CGUCAGUCGCUCUUCUUUUCUUUUUCUUUUCUUUUCUUUUUUUUUUUCUUUCUAAUAUUCUUUUCUAUUACAUUAUUACAAUGUAUCGACUUUCUAUAUUACUUUUGAUUACUUUAUUCUAUUUUAUUAUAACUGUUACUGCUGGUCCAGGAACAGCUCAUAGAUUUGAUGAAAAAGAUCAUUCUAAUUAUGGUUCUGAUAAAACGAAUAAACAACAUUUACAAGAACAUUUAGAUGCUAUGACUAAAGAAGGAGAAAAAGCUACUCAAUUGAAUGAAGAUGAUAUGAUAUAUUAUUUAUUUGUUUUACACGAUAAAAAUGGUGAUGGUCACUUGGAUGGUCAUGAAUUACGUGCGGCAUUCUCAGAUUUUGAUCAUGAUCGUGAAGAAGAUCCUACUAAAUUUGUUUCUUUGGAAGAUAUCACAUUGAUGGUAGAUCAUGUUCUUGGUGAAGAUGAUUUGGAUGGAGAUGGUAUGAUCUCUUGGGAAGAAUAUAUGCAAAGUCAAUUAUAUCAUGGAAAAGGUGGAUUUUAGUUUUAAUAUAUCAAAAUAAAAUAAAAUUUAUAUAUAUAUUUUUAUCCAGUCAAAUGUCGAGGAGAUGAGAAAUUGACAGGAUGGAAAAUUUUUUUUCUUUUU